CAUUCAUUCUGGUGCACAGAAAACUACUAGCUAGAAAAGAAACCAUGGAAGGCGUGGUAGAAAGCAGAGAAUGGUACUUGGCUGCUUAUUGCCCCCAGGGUCUUCCGACCUCAGAACACCUCAAAUUCCGCACUGUCACUCUCUCUAUCGCCUCUGAUUCAAUCCCUGACGGUCAUGUUGCCGUCGAAAGUCUCUUUAUCUCUGUUGAUCCCUACCUUCGCACCAGAUUCACAGGCACCAGCGACGGCCUUGGCUUUCAGCAAUUUCCCAUUGACCAGGUGAUCACAUCAUUUUCUGUUCUAAGGGUGAUAGGAUCAAAAGACAGAAAACAUUACACGGAAGGGGAUCUUGUUUUGGUUCCAGCUGCCCCUGUGGCUGAGUAUAGUAUCAUACCCUCCUCUGAGAUACUUAGAAAGAUUGAUGCUCAAAGUGGGAUUUCUAUGCCGGAAUAUAUAGGCUCUUUAGGAAUACCGGGGUUUGCAGCGUGGAUUGGAAUAGAGGUGUUAGGAGACCCAAAGCCAGGUUCUAACGUGUUCAUAUCUGCUGCCUCCGGAGCGGUAGGCAUGAAUGCUGGACAGUUAGCAAAGAUCCGAGGGUGUAGGGUAAUCGGAAGCACUGGAUCUGACGAGAAGGUGAAGCUCAUCAAAGAGGAAUUUGGGUAUGAUGAUGGAUUCAAUUACAAUGAGGAAUCAGAUUUUGAUGCAGCUUUAAGCAGGCACUUUCCAGAUGGCAUUGAUGUUUAUCUUGACAAUGUUGGUGGUAAAAUGCUUGAAGCUGUACUUAACCAUGUCAACAAGUGUGCUAGGAUACCACUUUGUGGAAUGAUAUCUCAAUAUAAUAAGGUUUGGACUGAAAGAGAUGGUGUGAGGAAUCUUCUGAAUAUGAUUGGCAAAGAGGUGAGGAUGGAAGGUUUUUUGCUCGGGACUUAUUGGCAUCGUUUUGGAGAUUUCGCUAAAGAUAUGGAGGGAUACAUCAAAGAGGGAAAGCUAAAGACCAAGAAUAAAUUAAAUGUUGGCAUUGAGAGCUUUUUGGAUAGCUUAAGCUCUCUGUUCUCUAGCUCUAAUAUUGGAAAAGUUGUUGUGCAAGUCAAGGCCUAGUGUCCAAAUACCUACAUGCUGGAUCAAUUGUCAUGAUGUUCCACAUAAAGUAAAUCGUAUUUCCCUUAUAAACUUGUUGUGAUCUGAUGAGGGAAUAAGUAAUAACUUCACUUAUGAGAAGGCGUGCAAGAAUUGAUCAAUCAGUUCCAAGAAAAUUAAUGUAAAAUUUUCAAUUAACUUA